AUGUCGACAACUCCUGCUCCGCCUGAGGACCAGGCGAGGCUACUGGAGGAUGCCCUGAUCGCAGUGCGCCAGCAGACUGUGCUCAUGCGCAAAUGUCUCGAUACCCAUGGCAAGCUUAUGGACGCGCUCAAGUGCUGCUCCACACUGGUCGCUGAACUGCGCACGAGUAGCCUGGGACCCAAACAGUACUACGAGCUGUACAUGUCCGUCUUCGAUGCCUUGCGCUACCUGUCCGUACACCUUCGAGAGAACCAUCCCCAUAAUCACCUCGCCGACCUCUACGAACUCGUGCAGUAUGCUGGCAACAUCAUCCCCCGUCUGUAUCUUAUGAUGACAGUCGGGACCGCCUACAUGGCUAUCCCCGAAGCUCCGGUCAAGGAGUUGAUGAAGGAUAUGAUGGACAUGAGCCGCGGUGUGCAGCACCCUAUCCGAGGAUUAUUCCUGCGCUACUACCUAUCGGGUCAGGCCAGGGACUUCCUUCCCGCUGGCGAGGGUGAUGGCCCCGAAGGCAAUCUCCAGGACUCAAUAAGCUUCGUUCUCACCAAUUUCGUCGAGAUGAACAAGCUCUGGGUACGGUUACAACACCAAGGCCAUUCGAGAGAACGGGAACAAAGGACCAGGGAGCGCAAGGAGCUGCAGUUGUUGGUGGGCAGCAACAUCGUGCGAUUGAGUCAAUUGGUAGAUCUCGAGACGUACAGCAACGGAAUUUUGGCGCCACUUCUUGAACAGGUAGUCCAGUGUCGGGAUGUGUUAGCACAGGAAUACCUCUUGGAGAUCAUCACGCAGGUGUUCCCUGAUGAGUUCCACCUACAUACCCUCGACCAAUUUCUCGCGGCGGUGUCUCGGUUGAACCCCCAUGUCAACGUCAAGGGAAUCGUCAUUGGCCUCAUGGACAGGUUGUCCGCAUAUGCCGAACGGGAAUCGCAGGAAGACGACUCAGAAGACAGAGGCAAGCUGGAAGAGGAGGCCUUGGUGAACCUGUUGGAGAAAAUCCGCCUGGGCCAGGAAGCACAGGAGUCGAAGCCAGAGCCGACAGAGCCGGAGUCGGACACGAAUGGUGAGCCUACGAACGGCGAAUCCGCAGAUUCUGCUGAAAGCAAGGCUUCGGAAUCUGAACCUGCUCCCUCGGUCGCAGAUACGGAGGCGACCGCUGUCGAUGGCGAGCAAGAGCCAGCGACACCCACACCGAAGAAACAGCGUGGAAUCCCUCCUCACGUUAAGCUUUACGAGAUAUUCUUCGACCAAGUCAACAACCUCGUCAGCGCGCAACAUCUACCUAUUCAGGAUACUAUUGCCUUGCUGGUGUCCCUCACCAACUUGGCUCUAAACAUAUACCCUGAUCGGCUCGACUACGUUGACCAGAUCCUGGAGUAUGCGAAUCGGAAGGUCAAGGAACACGCAAACAGUGCGGAUCUGCAUUCGGCUCCGGCGCAGCAGAGCUUACUCGCACUCCUUCAGGCCCCUCUGAAGAGAUAUGUCUCACUAUUCACAGCUUUAUCCCUACCCACCUAUGUCCCCCUCUUUCAAUCUCAGACGUAUCCUACGCGACGAGCUGUUGCUGGUGAAAUCGCACGGAGUUUGUUGCGUAACCAAACAGUGAUUUCAACCACGACGCAACUGGAGGGUGCUCUGGAAGUACUGAAGGUACUCAUCAAAGAAGGCUCGCAGCCUCCUGCUGGAUAUCCUGGCGGCCCGCAACGUAGGCCCAUGGAAACCGACGAGACGAUGGAAGAGCAGGGAUGGUUGGCACGAAUCGUCCACCUACUCAAUAGCCAAGACAACGACACCCAAUUUCGGUUGCUUCAAAUGGCUCGCAAAGCGUUUGCAGAAGGAAACGAGAGGAUUCGGACGACCACGCCGCCGCUUAUCACUGCUUCCAUGAAGCUAGCCCGUCGCUUCAAGGCCCGGGAGCACUACGAUGACAACUGGGAAACACAGUCGAGCGCCUUGUUCAAGUUUAUGCACUCGGCUGUUACGGCAUUAUAUGCAAGAGUGAACGGCGCUGGUGCUGCUGAGCUUGCCCUUCGAUUGUUUUGCGCCUGUGGUCAGACAGCGGACAUGGCAGGAUUCGAAGAAGUCGCUUACGAGUUCUUCGCUCAGGCUUUUACGGUCUACGAGGAGGCAGUGUCUGAUUCCAAGGCGCAAUUCCAGGCAGUAUGUAUCGUUGCCAAUGCACUACACCAGACACGAAACUUUGGCAAGGAAAAUUACGACACUCUCAUAACGAAGUGCGCCCUCCACGGCAGCAAACUUCUCAGAAAACCGGACCAGUGCAGGGCAGUCUAUCUGGCCAGCCACCUCUGGUGGGCUACUCCGAUUGCCGCUGUUGAGGAGUCGGAGGAAGGACUGUACCGGGAUGGCAAGAGAGUCCUGGAAUGCUUACAGCGAGCUCUGCGGGUUGCAGACUCAUGUAUGGAACAGGCCACAUCGAUCGAGCUAUUUGUGGAGAUCCUAGAUCGCUACGUGUACUACUUUGAUCAGUCGAACGAAUCGGUCACUACCAAGUACAUCAAUGGACUCAUCGAGCUUAUCCACUCGAACCUGGGCACCAACCAGCAAGAUUCGGCCAAUGUCGAGAAUAGCAAGCGGCAUUUUAAGCAUACUCUAGAGAACAUCGCAGGAAGGCAGUAUGAAGGGGUGGUACUUCAACCGCAGAAGUGA